ACUCCUGCCAGAUACCGCGUAUACAUGAAUGUUAUUUUGUUAUUUGCCUUGCCAGUUUUAACUUUAAGGCUACCACCUGCGUGCUUGUUGCGCCAGUUAGAUAUAAAGAAAACUAAGAAAAAUGUGCGUUUAUUCCGUGUAGUUUGGCUAAAUAGUAGCACGGAUCCGUCAGAGAUAGUUAGCUAACAGUUUGUAGCUCAGCAGAUGUUCUGCAGCGUGCUCUGAGACGUUUCAACAGGUGUUGCUAGACGGGGGCAAAGCCAGUGUAUUAAGUAUUGAAGAGAGCUGCAGGUGUGUUUUCCUUCUUGUUGUUGCAGGUUUCUUCUCUGUGAUGCCUGCUUUAGUCUUUUCAGUGUUUAAAAAGCUAAAAGUUUAAAUGUGAAAUUGGACACACUUGUGUGUCAUGAUCUUCAGCCGCGUGCUGUUGAGCCUCGCGUAUAAGCGUUCAAAAAGUGUGUGUUUACAGAGGAUAGUCGGUGUUCAUGAAGUGCCACUUAGGAGUCAGCCCUCACUUAGGAGUCAGCCCUCAGUAUCCAUCAGUCACUGUCAGCAAGCCGGAGCUCUCCGCGUCCCGCCGCCUGCACAGCGGGUCGGACUUAAGGUGAUAGCGCAGUCGUAUCAGCAUCUGCUACCAGUGUGUGAGAUGCAGCCAGCGAGCAUCUCCUACGGAAGAGACGCCACGGCAGAUGAUGGUGAUGAGGAAGAGGAGGGUGAUGGUGGUGAUGAAAAUCUCGCAGGACAGGAGAUCGGAGCAGAGCACAAGGAGCCGAGGGAGACGGUCCUGACUUCAGGUCAGGCAGACGCAAUCGGCAUGCAGGUGCAGGAAAGUCCUGCAGAUACCGAAGCCUCCUCUGUGUCUACUCCUUCAGGAUCAAAUGAGAAGAUAACAAGGAGGAAGAAGAGGAGGGAGAGGAGGAAACUGAUGAAGAAAAAGCUGAAGUCAUCUGAUACAUCUGACAGUUUAUUGUCAGAGCUUCCAUUUGCUUUGACCAGCCCCACCACAUGGAAAGCAUUAUUCCCCAACCUAGAGUCAGCUGAGAAAAAGAGAAAAAGGAAACGAGGAGACGGCGAAGGCCGAGUGGACAGUGAGGAGGACAAGAAGAAAAAAAAGAGGGAGAGCCAACGACCAAAUUACUUUGUGUCCAUCCCCAUCACUAACACUCAGAUCAGCUCAGCUGUGAGUGAGGUUCAAGAGGCCGUGCUUCAGCGGGAGCCCCGAUUGGCCAAAGCUAUGAUUCCUGUCCCAACUCUUCACAUCACGCUUUUAGUCACUCAUCUCGCCAAUCAGGAACAAGUAGACCUGGCGGCAGCGGUGCUGGCUCAGGUUGAGCCGUCACUGGCUGAGUUGCUGGGUGGGCGGGAUCUGGUCUUGCCCUUCUCGGGGAUAAGUCAUUUCAGGAAGGAGGUGGUGUUUGUUGGACUGGCCUCCGGACAACACAGACACACAUUGGACAGCCUGGCAGAGUUGUUGCGUAGCCGUUUUGAGGAGCACGGGCUUCUGCAAGGAGAAGGUCGAGGGUUUGAACCCCACCUCACCAUUAUGAAGCUGUCCAGAGCAUCAAAACUACGAUCUCAGGGUAUAAAGCGUGUGGACCCAGCCCUUUACUCCAACUACACUGACAAAUUUUUUGGAGAUCAGACGGUCGAGCGGGUCGAUCUGUGUUCAAUGUUGAAAAAGAAGCAGCAAGAUGGCUAUUACCACACUGAAACUUCACUACAGCUUGGUGGGCGCCGCCGGUCUGAGCCAGAUGAGGCAGAGCUGCUGAGGGUCAGCAAGCGACUGGUCGAGGAUGCCGUCAAUCGCGCCUUGCAACAGUACAAACAGGAAACGCUUCAGAACGGGGGUGGUCCUAAUGCCGCGGCAGUAAAGCCCCCUGGAAAUACUGAGGAAACUGCUACAAAGACGAACACUACAGCCAACUCCACCACAGUGAACAGGAAGUGACAUCGUCCGACUGAGGCGCAGAGACUGAAAAACCAGCAGCCCGGACAACAUCAGCCAGGCCUGGCCACGAUAUGAGAAGAGUCAGUAAGACCUGGGCACAAAGCUUGAACCAGCCAACCAGUCAGCCCACUUUGCUGACCAACCAACCCAGCUAGCCAGCCAUGCUAGCCACCCGCCCACCUGACCUAGCUCAACACGAUGCUAGUUAAAUAGAAAAUGUAGCUUGAGAUCAACGCCAGGUUACCAUCCUAACAGGCCAGCUAGCUUAGCCUGUUCCUUACCGCACUAACUCUGCUGUCCUACAGCUCACAGCAGGAGUAUCGCCCCUCGUUCUGCACUCAGCUGGAGGAGGGGGUCUGUGUUUGCACGUCAAACCCACAACACAAAUGUGAAGCACUCCUCGAGAGAGACACACAUGCACAUUUAAGGGUUCACUGUGACCUGUCAUUGAAAAACUGCCCUUUUAGAAUAAGACAAAUGAUGUUUUGUGCAUAGUUUAGUUUACAUUUUAAAAUGAACUUCAGAGGGAUUUCCCUCUGAAAAAGAAAAAAAAAAAAAGCCUUUUGCUGAAAUGGUUUCAGGUGAAGAAAAUAUUUUACCCUCCUUUGAAGAUAGAAGGAUCACUCAUGUGUUGAUCUUUGUGGCUGAAGAGGAUGUGUGACUGGCUGGAUUCUUCAAACUUCAGUGUAAAACACGCUUCGGUAUGCUGGACUUGAAUCUGUGCAAGCUUCUGUUGUAUUUGGCAGUUCACUUAAAUGGAUCUUAUUUAAAUUUCUAGCAUUUUAUUUUAUGUUCUCCACGUCUGGCGGCAUUCCCAGACUGCAGUUUGAUACAGAAACUGACAUACACCUCCCCCCACCCCCAGCCUUGCUGUAAGUGUCAUAUAUUACUUUUGCAUUAACAGAGUGAGGUCUACAUCUGAGGUAGCACUGAGACAAUCGUGGCGUUAACAUGGAUUCGCUUUGGAAACUGAGUGAUGCCAGCUUUUGAGCAAAAUCCUAUAAAUUGUCCUCCACUAAAAACACUAACUUUGGUGGAUUGGGGAUGCUCCUAAUAAAAUAGUAUGCUUCAGCAAAAUGUUACACUAUGAGUUGCCAAGAACACAUCUCCAUUAAUGCCAAAAUCUUCAUUAUUAAAUCCUUAUUUUGAUUUAUAUAUGACACAGCUGUUAGAUUAAAGUAUUUAUUUAAUUGCUCACCUGCUUGUCUAAUACGUCAGUGUGAUUUUGUUUAUUUCCCUGUGAAAUGCAUUUUUAAAGAGCAGUUUAUUUAAAAGCCUGGGUGAGCCAUUAAGUCUGUGGCACAGGCCUGGAGUCUGUUUGAGGCUCGGUGUUUUUGUUUUGUGGAAUAUUAAUGCUGAUCUGAGUAGUACUGUACGUGGAAGAGCAGUUAAAGCCAAGCAGUGACUGAGACGGUGAUGCUGAGGUCGAGGAGGAGAACUCAGACGAUCGCUGCUCACAGCUGAGAACCCCACAGCUCCUCAUUUCACUGUCUUCCGUCAGUUUCUUCUUCUUUUUUUAAAUGUAAGCUUGAUAAGAUAGGCCCUUGUUGCAUUAUGCUCAUGAAAUCCACCCAUUGCUAUUCAGAAAUACAUAUUCACCUGUGUUGAGGUAAAGGAGAUAUUUUUUAAAUUCCUGCAGGAAACGGCUGCAACGGUGAUUAUUUUAUCUGUUUAGUUGCUUUGUGUUCCAGCUGAAUAUAUUCCCUGUUAGAAAACACAAUGUAAUGUAAACAAAAAAAGAAGAUGCUUGAUUUCGGUUUGUAUUUUGAAGGUGUACAAAGCACAAACUUUUGUAAUUUAUGUUUUUAAUAACUGGCUUCAGAUUUUACAGAGCAGGUAUAUACUGUUAGAUCAAAGUGGCCUUCAGUCACUAAAACAAACUCGUGCGAUUUGUGUGUUCCUGAAGGAUUUUUUUUUUUCCCAUUAAUGGGUAGGUGGGUGAUGGAGGCUAAUUUUGCUGUCAGAUUUGCCAAAGUCUCUUAAACAUCAGCCUGAGGCUGAAGGGUUGGAUUCUUGAGUUAAAUGUUGAAACGUCCACCGUAAGACAGAAAAUGUGUUAUUGAAAGGUAAAUCUGUGAAGAAGAGAAAAACAAGUGACUUUGAUUUUCUGUUUGAGGAUUAAUUUCCCUUUAGUGCGAACAGGUGUGAGCUGGAAAAUGCACUCAUCCCUGUGAAACCUACUUAAGGCCUGUCACUGUGGGCUCACUGAAACGUCAAUAAAGGAGGCGGGUGGGGUGGGGGGAGCCUGUCUUAAGGUGGACUUUGAACAUUUUCUUUUCAAUUUUUUUUUAUUGUCACCAGAUCCUUAAAAUCUUCUUAAAAUCCCCUUUAAUACACAAGUUGGCCUGUUGGCCUGUUGAUGUGUCUCUGAAAGCGUGGAUGUGUUUGUCGGAUGUUUGAUCAGCAGUUCCCCCGAGAAAUUCUUGUCCGUAUCAAUCAUGGAAACCCGGAGCUGCGCGUGUGUGUGAGUGUGUGAGAACAACCAUACAAAUAUGUCUUCUCUGUUUGCCUUUCCAUGUCUCCACGUGUACGUCCGACUGAGUGGGUGUGUUGUUUGUACUGUGUUGUAUAUCUUGUCCUGCCAUAUUUGAACAAUAAAACAGGAUAUGAGAUUCAGAACUAA